AUGACGAAUGACGUCAACGAGCCAUCUUUGUUCGCCUAAUCCAAGCAUCUAUUUUUUAUGUGUACAUAGUGACAGAAGAGAGUAGCAGUAGAGCGCCCUUGUUAUAAAGGCAAUAAUAGCGAGGCGCGGCACACCGCUGGAAAGAAAGUAAUACAAACCAUUAAGGAAUACCACUUUACUGGAAUAACCUGGAGAUUGCAUUAUUUAUCCCGGAGACGGGGAGAAACACCUGAAGCAGCGCGGUCAUCCACACAUUUCUUGUAGACGCACACGACACCCGGUUUAAAAUGUCUGCCCCAGGCCCUGCCGGUGCCCCAGGCACAGAAGGAGGUAACCAGCCUCCCCCUAACCUCACCAGCAACCGUCGCUUACAGCAGACUCAGGCUCAGGUGGAUGAGGUGGUGGACAUUAUGCGUGUGAACGUAGACAAGGUUCUGGAGAGGGACCAGAAGCUGUCAGAGCUGGAUGAUCGGGCUGAUGCCCUGCAGGCUGGAGCCUCACAAUUCGAGACCAGUGCCGCCAAGCUCAAGAAUAAAUACUGGUGGAAGAAUGCCAAGAUGAUGAUUAUCCUGGGGGUGAUAUGCGUGAUUGUCCUCAUUAUAAUCAUCGUGUACUUCAGCACCUAAAGCGUGACGAUCCUACCCCACUCUGAGCUCACGAACGCCCAAUUCCAAGCGACAGAAAAAUCCCUCCAAAAAAGAUUCUCACAACAAUCAAUUUAUUUGCCCUCAAAGAGUCUAAAUCUGUCCCUUCCCUCGCACCCUCGCCCCCUGCCUCACAGCUGGGCCCCUGUCACUCCUCGUCCGUCCUGUCCGUGAGUGUGUGGCCACGUCUCUUCUGAAAUACUGGCUUUUCUGAAAUACUGUUCAUACUCCAAACUCCUGAUUACUUGUGACAACCCAUAAAAAAAAGAAAUCACAACUCUUAGAAUAUGAUAAGAUUAUACAGUAUAUAUUCUAAAUGUUCUUUGUAGAAUUUUAUUCUGAUAUGAUGGUUUUUGUAGUUUGUGUGUGAGUGUGCAUUUGUAUAUUUUUUUAAGUUUAAAAAGACUUUUUUUGCUUCAGGUUUUAUCUACUGCCUCUUAAUCUGGGUGUUUGUAUCUUGCACGCUCUAUUUCACUCUUUCUUGAUCACUGAGUAUUGGUGUAUUUUUGCACAAACGAUAGAUUCCCUUAACUGAGGUACUGAAUCAAUAUCAAUUCAAAUAUUGUUCUUUGUCACAUGCAUUCUAUCUCAGACCUAAAUAUUUCCCCCUCAACCCCCUCUUUCUUUCUUUCUUUCUUUCUUUCUUUCUUUCUUUCUUUCUUUCUUUUUCACCAACAGUACUUACUCUUUUAGUGAACUGCCACAACAAACAGGACCAAUGACUGUAGAUGCUUAUGUUAAUUUAAUGUCUUUAGUGUCUUAUCUCUUAAACAUUCCUUAAUAGCAGUGUAGAAUUAUGCUGUCUAUCUAACAAAGUAAGUGUAUUUAUUAUAAAGAAAUCCGAAAUAGGUCUUAAACAACCUCAAGUACUUGUAAUGCAGUCAAACUAGGUUUUGACAGGGAUAGCGAAGUAAUUAAUCGCACAUGGGUCAUUUGCGCUGUAUGUGAAAAGAUUUGAAAGAGUUAGUGCUAUUCGAACGGCAAAUCGGGACCAAAUUUCCCAGAUUCUUUCUGCUGGUAAAGAUUUUGAAGCCUAGAGAGAUUCAAGGCCGAAAAGGGGAUACAGUAUCAUGCACAAAAAGCUUGUUUUCGAUGGCUCUUUUUAACUGGUUAGACUGCAGGUGCGAAUGGGAGAGAACCAUGUGCUGUGUUCCUUCCUCGCAGCAGAACUACUGCCAAACCGAUACACGAGUUCAUCCGUCUGAAAGCACAUAGGUUGAAUCUUCAAUGUGAGGUAGGUUUGACAGCCGUGGUUCACUCUCUUAAAUCUAGAUACUGCCUUUAAUUUAGUCUUUCUUUGAAUUUUAGAUAUAGAUUCUAUUAUAUUUUUGUGUGCGAAGCAGGAAGGAAAAGGAGCACGUCGUUUCAGGACUUGAGGCUGGUGCCAUGUGCACAGCGAGCACUUUUGUGUCCCUCGCUAUUGUCCACCUCUCUGUGUGCCUGUUUGUUCAGUUCAGCCGUAGUUUACACACUGCCAAGCACCUGAGGGGUAGUUUUUUUCAUGUUGUCUUUUGUUUUUUUUCCACCGUGCUCUUCCUGGUUUGCUCUUGUGCUUAUAUAGACCUACGCCUCCAUCAGCAUCACCCUUCAGUCUCAUCCGCUCCAUCUGUCGAUAAAAAGCGAGCCAGGCGUGAAGUGUGUGUCUGCACGUGAACACCCCCCUCCUCCCCUGAACCCUUCCAACUUAGCGCCAUUAGCAUUUCUUCUUUCACACAUGAUUCGGUUUCUAGCCGCCCAUCGUAGUGUGUGUGUGUGGAGUAUUUCUGCUUGAUCCUGACAGAUUAGGCUGUUUAAACCUAGGCAGGUAAAGAAAGGCUGUUCCCGUGGCAACCUGCUUGCAUAAACAGGGGGGAGGGCAUAGAUUAGCUGAUUGAAUGUGACAGGGGGCCGGGCUGUUAAGGGGGCGGGGCUAGAUACAUUUUUGAACAGGUUUCCAUUCCAUAUUAAGAAUGAACUGUAAUAUUUGUAACUUUAAUAAUUUUUAUUUCAUUUAUUUUUUCUUCUUUAAAAGCCUUAGUUAAUUUAAUAUUUUUUCCCCAUUCCUGCAUAUUCAUUCAUUCCUUUGUCCCGCUCAUGUUAAGCUUUUUUAAUGAAAAAUGACCAAAGACCAUAUUAUAUCUUGCUUAUACUGCCAACUGCCGUCAAAAACAGGUUAAGGGACAACAUUUCCCCAGAUCUCUGGUUUUUAAAAGCUCUCAUCCAGCAAAAGGAAACAAGAAAUUGCCCCUCUCUCUUCAGGUCUCUGUUUAUUUUACUUGAAUAUUUAGUGGAGGUGAUUGCUAACAGGAUAAGGAAUUAGAAACCACAAUCUGAUGGAUGCAUCCCCAGGCCUGAUAUCUAAAGUAUAAUAGCACAACUUCUCCUUUAGGUCUGUCUCUUUAAUGCUGAAUAUAAAACAUGGAACUAUUUCUUUGUAGCUGUUUAAACAAGAAAAAAGACCAAAAAAAAAAAAAUGUAUUGUUUCGUGUUGUAGUGUGGGCUUCAUCUGGAGGAAGGGGGUCCUUUUUUAGAUUUUACAUUUAAGCCAUAAAACAAUCUGGAAUUAGAAUAAGAUGUUUUAAUAUUAAAAUAGAUAAACUAUUUAUUAUAUUAGGCAAAUCUAAAACUUUUUCUCCCAGGGGUUGUCAACAUUUUAAAGGAGUCUAUAACUAACUAAUAAACAUUAUGCACUGGGGUAGGACUCAAACAUGACAAAUUAAUUAAACAGCGUUUAAGACGCUUCACGAAUUGAAAGUAUUCUAAUAGAGGACUACUACAAAUAAUGUAUGUGCUUUUCUGUUUUUCUUUGUGGGAGUGUAUGAAGACGUUUUCUUUUGUCUUGACACUUAUUUGUAUGUUUUCUUCAAAACCGUGUGGGUCGAGAGGGACGGUGGGAGUAGUUUUGUCAUGCCAGCCUGUUAAAGAUGCUGUGCCUUCUUUAUUGGGAGGGAACCAAUGAAGACACAGAACU